AUGGUGGAAGAGCUUCGGAGUGAAGAUCCUCACUUCAUGGCAGUGCUUGAAACAGAAGAAUACGGUAGGCCAGCCGUUCUCUGCCCAGCAUCCUGCGGUUUCCUGCUGCAAAGGUGCUUGGACAAACCGGCGCCUGACCUUACCUGGGCCCUUCGCUCAUCACCAGCAGCCCUCGGCCACCUCCUCCCAGCACCCUUGGACUGUCCCACAGCCUCGGCCGCUACUCCAGCGCCUCUCUACAGCCGCCUCUCCUCAGGCCCCAGGACAGCGGCGUCCCCCUCGCAGGUGCGCCAGAACUACCACCAGGACUCGGAGGCCGCCAUCAACCGCCAGAUCCACCUGGAGCUCUACGCCUCGCACGUCUACCUGUCCAUGUCUUACUACUUCGACCGCGAUGAUGUGGCUUUGAAGAACUUCGCCAGAUACUUUCUGCACCAAUCUCACGAGGAGAUGGAACAUGCUGAGAAACUGAUGGAGCUACAGAACCAACGAGGUGGCCAGAUCUUCCUCCAGGACAUCCAGAAACCAGACCCUGAUGACUGGGAGAGUGGGCUGAGCGCCAUGGAAUGUGCUUACCACCUGGAAAAAGGUGUGAACCAGUCACUCCUGGAACUGCACAAACUGGCCACUGACAAAAAUGACCCCCACUUGUGUGACUUCAUUGAGACUCAUUACCUGAAUGAGCAGGUGAAAUCCAUCAAAGAAUUGGGUGACCAUGUAACCACCUUGCGCAAGAUGGGAGCCCCGGAAUCCGGCAUGGCAGAGUAUCUCUUUGAGAAGCACAGACUGGGAGGCAGUGAGAGGAGAGCUGAGCCUUAGGCGGACUUCCUUCCCCAUAGCCUGGAAGUGACCACUCUGGUCACCUAGGCAGUGCAUGCAUGUUGGGGUUAUCUUCACCUUUUUUGUAAGUUAUAUCAAAAUAUCCACUCAUGUCAUGUAAUUAGUAUCAUACCUCAAAUAAAAAAUUUAGUACUCCCCCGUCAAAAAUAAAGACAUGGUAAUUUAGAGAAA